AGUGGCGCCGUCGCGUGGCUGGAAGACGAAACGCUCGGCGAACGGACGAGACAUCGUGAAGCGGCUUUCAGACGUUCCUGGGUAUUUGUAAAGAAAACUCGACAGUUCUGGCCGCUGAACAACGAUGGAGAUCGAGGUCGUGUCUGCUGGAACCUCCAAACUCAUAACCACCGUGGAGGUUACUCCGAGCACUACGAUUGGGGAGAUUAAGCAAAAAUUAAAUAAACUGAAGAAAGCUCCAUAUGUCGAGAGGCAGAGUUUACGAUUGGAUUCUAAGGGUAAAUCCUUGUCCGAUUCGGAAACCGUCAAAGGACUGUCGCUCAAAGCUGGUUCCAAGUUGUAUUAUAGGGAUCUUGGACCACAGAUCGGGUGGAAAACUGUUUUCCUUGUGGAAUAUGCCGGUCCUUUAGUCGUAUACCUUUGGGUGUACCAAAGACCAUGGCUUUUUUACGGCAAUGUAGCGGAUACAAAAUUGGAGCCAGUAGUGCACUGGGCAGCGGCUUGCUGGACAAUUCAUUAUGCGAAGCGGUUAUUGGAAACUUUGUUUGUUCAUCGAUUUAGCCAUUCCACUAUGCCAUUAAGAAACCUCUUUAAGAAUUGCUCGUACUAUUGGCUAUUUACAAUGUACGUGGCUUACCACGUCAAUCAUCCAUUGUACACAGCCCCUAGCCAAUUCCAGUCGAUGCUCGGAGCAGCAUUAUUUGCAAUUUCUGAGCUGGGGAAUUUAAGUAUUCACUUAGCAUUAAGGAAUUUAAGACCGCCGGGUACAACGGUUAGGAAAAUUCCAAAACCAACGUCCAAUCCUUUCACGCUGCUGUUUGAUCUAGUCUCCUGCCCCAAUUAUACAUACGAAGUCGGCAGUUGGAUUGGUUUUACAAUAAUGACUAAAUGUCUUCCAGCGGGCAUAUUUACGCUUGCUGGUGCAUAUCAAAUGACAGUAUGGGCAUUGGGAAAGCACAAAGCGUACAAGAAGGAAUUCCACGACUAUCCAAAAAGUCGAAAGGCCAUCAUACCAUUUAUAAUUUAAAAGUACUGUCCAACCCGACAGCUUUAUGAGUUUCUUAGCCGGAUCUAAAGCUCAGCGAACGUACAACUUUGUUAUCGUUGAAAUUUUUCAUACCUAAAUAAAUUUGUCAAAAUCCA